GUCCCACUGCCGCCUCUGGCGAGCAGCGCAGGGGUUAACGCGCCGCCUGUGCCGCUAAACCCCGCGCCGCGCUGCGGGUGACGGGGUCCGGGCGGGGCCUCGGCGAGGGGACCCGGGAUCCCGGCCGCUCCCAGUGCGGCCCCUGGGAGCCGUCGCGACGGCAGCAGGGGUCUGUGGGAUGCGGCGGGGUUCUGGGGUUACGUGGAUGAGAGACGGAGGGGGUUUGCGGGAUCCGGGAUGCGAGGGGAAGGGUGCCGUGACGGCUUGCUGCUAGGGGUCCCGGGACGAGGGGUUCGUGGGGGGUUUGGGGUUCGCGGUUCAAGCGAUCCGGGUUAGGAGUCUGGGAAUCGGGGUUCGGACGAUGCGAUAAGAGGGGGAACUGGGGUCCGGUGAGAUUGGGAGACUUGGGGUGACGGGGUGCCGGUGUAAGGACAUGGGCUAUAGUAUCUGCGGUGCCGGUGUAAGGACAGGGGCUAUAGUAUCUGCGGUGCCGGUGUAAGGACAGGGGCUAUAGUAUCUGCGGUGCCGGUGUAAGGACAGGGGCUAUAGUAUCUGCGGUGCCGCUAUAAGGGGACAGGGGCUAUAGUAUCUGCGGUGCCGGUGUAAGGACAGGGGCUAUAGUAUCUGCGGUGCCGCUAUAAGGGGACAGGGGCUAUAGUAUCUGCGGUGCCGGUGUAAGGACAGGGGCUAUAGUAUCUGCGGUGCCGCUAUAAGGGGACAGGGGCUAUAGUAUCUGCGGUGCCGGUGUAAGGGGACAGGGGCUAUAGUAUCUGCGGUGCCGCUAUAAGGACAGGGGCUAUAGUAUCUGCGGUGCCGCUGUAAGGGGACUCGGGGUCCGGACGGACUCGAGGUGCCUCACAUCGCGCAUCACGUGGCGAAAGAUCCGCAGCUGGCAACCGUGCAGCGCGCACCGCUGACGGGCUGCUGCAUCAACAAGAAAUCCGCGGAAGUUCGCGACUUGUGGUGGUGGUGGUGAACGAGGCAACCGCUGGAAGAAGAAGAACGGCGUAGGGGGGACGGGAGGGUGGGGAGGGGUGGGGGGUAUUCCCCGGUCACUGACGUCACGCGCGAGGAAUCCCCUCUGGUACCAAUGCGCGUGACGGAGCAGUUUAAAAGCCGUUGCCAUGGACGCGAUCAGCCGGGGGAGGGGAUGUCGCUGGGAGCUUACGCCGGGGUCCGCUGGGGUCCUGAAGGCGCAGAGGGGACCCUGAGGGCGCAACUGGAGGAGUCUUGAGAAAUCCCCUUGGAACCCCCCCCCCCCCCCCCGCCGAGGCGAGGGGACCCCGAAACAUGAGCUGCCGCGGGGUGGAGGAACCCAACGAGGGGGACCGGAGCCGCCAGGAUGCGGGGUCAUUGGGAACGGGGUCUCGGACACCCCCGAUCUGCAGGAUUUGCUUCCAGGGGCCCGAACAGGGGCUGCUGCUGAGCCCGUGUCGCUGCGCUGGCUCGGUGCGCUUCUCGCACCAGCGCUGCCUGCUGCAGUGGACGAGCGAGCGUGGCUCGUGGAGCUGUGAGCUGUGCGGCAGUCGCUACCGAGCGCUGCCCGCGCGCCUCAAGGGGCCCCUGCAGUGGCGCGCCGUGUCUCUGUCGGUGGUGGAGCGCGUGCAGGUGUCGGCCGUGGUGCUGGGCGCUGUGUUCCUCUUCGCCAGCCUCGCGUGGCUGCUGUGGUCGGCGUUCAGCCCCGCCGCGCGCUGGCAGCGCGUGGACCCGCUGUUCCGCGUGUGCUACGCCAUGUACGCCUGCAUGGACGUCGUGUGCAUCGGCCUCAUUGUGCACGAGGGCCCUUCGGUACGCCGCGUGGUGCGCCGCUGGCUCGCCGUGAACCAGCACUGGCGUCUGCUCGACUACGACAAGGCACGUGCCGUGGAGGACGAGAACCCCAUUACGGGACCCGCCCGGCCUCCGGCCCUCCCGGGCCCGCCCGGGGCCGUGCGAAGCCCCGAGGUCAGCGCGGUGGUCGGAUCACCGUCCCGUGCGUCGCCGUGCGCUUGCGGCUGCCUCGGCGGACGCGUGUGCGGCGAGCACGGGCAGGAGGUGGAGGAGCGCGGUGCCACCACCACCUCGGAUGUGUGAUGGGACGGGCCCACGGCCGCCGAUUGUCGUCACUACUGUGACCGCUGCUGGAAUGUAUCUAUGCAAAUAAUCAUACACGUGGGACACGGCGCGGUGACAAUCAAAAGAGAAAGCCAAUACAGAAACUGCCGGCUCACGCAGCAAAAGGAACUUCACAUGGUAAACAGGAGCACUGUAACACGACAGAUGUGUUUUCGCAGGGGGGGACGCGAACAUUAUUUGUUUCGCCUGUGGCUUAAGGUAUAAAUGAUGCAUACAUUAUUAAUGAUUGUCCAACACUUCCCCAUUCCUCUGGACUCCCCAUUGCGAAAUGUCCACUGCACCCAUUGCACCUUCAUGGCGUUCACACGAGGAAGUGGCAUUGGAAUUUAGCAAGGUCAGACUUCUCAUAAAACCCCAACAAAUUCCUCGUGCUCGGGCUACACGCAGGAACGUGGGCCAUUUUGGGUGAUGGUGGAGACCAAUACUCAUUGCAUCUGGCGAAACGCACUUGACAGAUGGCCAGCGUUUCAUUCGCCUGUAGACUGGUCCGUGUGCAGGGUGCUGUGAAGACCAACACUGAAACACGAAACAACAAGUUGAAAAAGAAAUGCAUUGCAAAUUGGUGAGCAGAGCUCAUGAGACAAUCAAAUGCUAAUCCUCCCCUUAACCCCUACCAACUAUCCAACCAAACAUUAGAACCAUCCAGGGUUGGUUAUUGACAGGCACUGCAACACCGAUGCCUAAUAAUCCUUUGGUAUUUUACCCUAUAUUACUAUAAUUCUAUACACAGGUUUAUAAAAAAUAUAUAUGAGGACAAAACAAGGCGAGAUGGAGACGGCACGUCAAAAUAAUUCCCGGAAUAGUUUUGCCGGCCUAUUCCAGCUAAAAUUGAGCACCCGUACCAGGACAACAGAUGGGUACCCCGCCCCGAAGCAACAAGCAGCGAGUCUUCCUCUUAAUUUCAACGACCUUACCCCACGCAUUCACCUCUGGCACUUUUCUAGGCUCGGGGGUUCCUCUUCAACUCUCGUUCGCUUUUCAGUUUCGUUUACAGGCCAGUAAUGAGGUCGACCCCUCGGAAUGCCACUUACCCCUCUGACUCGACGCUUCUCACGAACCACUUAUCUAGCCAGGAACUGGUACUGUGACUUGUCAAGAGGGGUCUGAUGCUGCUGCUGUGGUGAAAUUCAAAAGUUUUGUUUAGGAGUCAUCUUACAUUUUUAAACUUGAGCCAAAUGAUUUGUAAUAUUUUACCACCGAUACAAUGCUGCUGCUGCUACUCUUAAAUGAUAAUUACAAUAAAGCUGAGUUGCUAUUUA